UCGAGUGGCUCAUUGUUAAUUCAUACACCUAAACGUCACCUAGGUUCCUCGGCGAUUAUGAAGAAAACUAGGUGAAUUGAUAACAACGGUACGGAGGAACGAUUCAUCCCUGUACGCGAACGUCGAAGGGCGCCGGACACUGGUGCGCAAGCGUCUCCUGGAACGAGGUUGACGACGCUGCACGGAAUCGCGACGCUGACGGCGCUCACUUGAAUUCUCGCCGCGUGUCCGUUGGCCGACUCGCCGUCAAGUCCCAUUCGGAGCAGAGUUUGAAACGCGACGGAGCCGGAAGUAGCGCGCUUCCGCCACCAAUCCUUCCGUCGUACGAGAUCGACAUGUCUUUUUAGAUAACAGAGAUAUAUCCCUUCAGAUCGUUAUACUCGAUUCCGUCGUUCUUCUCUGUCAUCGAGCUUCACGAGGUUAAUUAGUUAUUUCUAUAAUCGAGCUUUAAUAGCUUCGAUACAUUUGGUCGAGUUAUGUGGUGCGCGGGUGACGAGAAAAGACAGUGGAAAUCGUCCGUAAUUAGUAAAAGCCUUAGAAGAAUAUGUUGUACAGAGUCUCCAAGAACGAUGUAUGUAUUUUAUCAAUCCGUACGAUCUGAGUUUCCGGUAAUGCUAUUUUACUGCUAGAAGGGAUCUUGAAACGUCGAUACACGAGUGAUGAGGAUUUCAUUAUUCCUGGAAAAUUCUUCAGAUUCUGAAUCUACUACUAAUAAUACAUCUUCUAAUACUACAACUCUCGAAUUAUUCCAACACGAUUAGUGAAUUUUGAAAAUUCGAAAAAGUGAUCGAACCUUUCGUUACCAGAUUAUUUAUUAACUGGGGAAUCAGUAGUCGAUUCUGGUGAUAUUUGCGCCCUUUCGUUAUCGCUGUCAAGUCGAGUCAAUUUUUAUGAAUGAAAAACAUUCUGUUGGGUUUCCUUCCUCGGGUUUCUUGCGGUGAUAUCAUUCGUGAAUUGUUAAACUGUAACGUGACAAUUCUGUACCGAUCCAGAACUUCGAAAUACCGGAAGAUGAAACUAAGAACUCAGACAGGCAUGACAAAGUGGAACACCGAGAAUUGAAGUUUUGGGGAUUUAUGUGGCCUACUUCGGCGUAGUCCUUCUCUCCAAGGAUACACAAGAAUGCUCAAGAGUUGAUUGGGUAUUGAGGUGAAGGUGCCAGUGGUUCUGGAAGUUACUGCCACCGUAAUUUUUGCCUAGUGAAAUGGAGAUAAAUGGAACAGACAGCAGCCUAAACGGCACUGAAGCUAAUCGCACUACAUCUCCAGUCUUCAUUAUUAGCACGCGUUAUAUGACACAAUGGAAACGGGAGAGGCAACGGGAACGUCUUUGUCGCAUGUACAAUCAGAUUUUGACGGAAUGCUCGCAGCUAAAUGGAAGCUGGCCUGACCCGGAUGAUCCGCGCUGGAGCAGUGGGGAAUAUGUAGAACUUCUGUCAGACUGGUUUCCGUCAAAUAUUACCAACGGAACGAUAACAGCAAAUGCAACAACCUCAUCAACUGCGGAGCCUUUUGCGCCUGUUCUACCGCCCUUCGAACUCUGGCAGACGAUACUGAUUGCUUUCUCCCUUGCAUUAUGCAUACUGUUAACUGUCGGCGGUAACAUUCUCGUCCUUCUGGCAUUUAUCGUAGAUAGGACCAUCAGACAACCGAGCAACUACUUCAUUGCCUCAUUAGCAGCCACUGAUAUGCUUAUUGGCACCGUCUCCAUGCCAUUCUACACGGUCUACGUUCUGAUGGGAUAUUGGAAUCUUGGGCCCUUGCUUUGCGAUUUAUGGCUGUCCGUAGAUUACACGGUAUGCCUGGUAUCCCAGUACACAGUAUUACUGAUUACGAUUGAUCGAUUUUGUUCAGUGAAAAUAGCGGCACGAUAUCGCAGCUGGCGCACGAAAAAUCGCGUAAUCUGGAUGGUUACCAUUACUUGGAUUAUCCCAGCCUUGCUCUUCUUUAUCAGCAUUUUUGGUUGGGAGCAUUUUAUCGGCUAUAGAGACUUAGAUCCUGGCCAGUGCACUGUUCAAUUUCUCAAAGAUCCAGUUUUUAACACUGCUCUUAUCAUUGGCUAUUAUUGGACGACACUCGUGGUUCUAUUUAUUCUUUACGGUGGUAUAUACAAGACAGCUUACGACAUGCAGAAGAAGAGCGAGGCAAAACAGCGGAAGAUGCAAUCCAUGGUUGCUUUAAGUGCCGGUGCAAUGUCUAGCAUGGCAGGUCGUGCAGCAGGAAUAGGAAUAUCGAAGACACAGAGUACUCUUUUGAGUCAGGAUAAGCCAAAAUUGAGUGCAUCGGUUGAAGAAGGAACAGGUGGAGAUGGUUCAGGGCAGAAAUCUUCCUCAAAAACUUCUGGAACUGGUGCAACCGAUUCGACUGAAAAGCAAGCGUAUGGAAGCACCGUUCCCACAGAGACAGAAAAAUCAGAAAGAUCUAGUAGUCCAGCAUUUGAUUCCGACGAAGAGAGCACUAUGGGUCCGGCUCAACAGCUCAGUAGCAUCAGAAAACGAUCCUCUCUAGCUGGACUGGUUGUUCAAUCUGGCGCUCUUCCAGUUUUCUCGACUAAUGGCCACUUAAAUGGAAUCGUACCCGCAAAGAUUGACAUAAACAUGCAGUCGAAAAAGUUUCUUUCGAUGAACUCGACGUGCGAUAUAGGUACAACGACACAAAAAGCUCAGACAUUGCCAAAGAUCCAAGAAUUGAGUCUUUUAGAUACAGACAACGUGCUAGAUCCUGACAAAUCAAGUAGUCAGACGUUAACACCUGAACAAUCUCACUGUGAUGGUCACAAUCAGCAACAACCCUUGACCUCCGCUGAAACAUCACCACCCACUCAUCCUACUCGGUCUAUUAGCAGCAGCCAACAAAAUAUUAUACCACCGCCUACGCAAUUUCAGAGUAGUCCACAAGUCUCUGACAGUCCUUCUACUUCGUUAUCUGACAGACCUAAGUCACUCGUUGUGUCUUCUCAUGGUACUGGUACUUACGACAUUUUGACUGGCUUGGAUGGCGGAGACUUGAGAUACAUGGACGAGAGUUCGGUAAUUUUACCAAGUCCUUCUUACGAAAGUCCAUCGUCUUCUUUGUCGUACAGCUUAGCGAAUCCUCUAUCGAGUGCACCGUCAUCUCCAAUUCUAGGAAACGUGUCUGCAACGCCGAAUACGAGUUUGUUACAAGCUGCUCUAAUCAGAGCUACGGCGCAACAAGUCAACAACCAACAAUCGGUUCAAAAUAAACAAAGUCAGCCUCUACCGGUGAUGUCUAAUGCAUCCAGUCAGACGCAUCCUCCUCGUGUAUUCAUCACUCAGAAAUCGAACGCUGCUUCUCAGACCUCACCAACCGUUAGCAAAGUGCAUACAGAGGUUACAGUAAAGGCGAAGGACACGAAGCAACAGCCUGUGACGACCAUUGUCAGCAUACCUACAGUGGAAAAUUUUAAUAACGCGAUGAAUCAGUUUUCGGAUCUAGAUACGAAAGUCAAUCCUCCUCAGAAUUCAUCCUCUAGCGGUAGCAUGGUUCCAACGAUCUCUGGCACAACAGGAAACGAACAGGAUCCAAAGAAACAAUCAAAGAAGAAAGAUUGUAGAAGCAACGAGGAAGGUGGGUCCAGGAAAGAUUUCGUGAAGACAAUUGGCAAACGUUUGAAGACCAAGACGCAAAGAAGGGAUCCUUUAUUAGGACGACAGAAGUCUCGAACAGAGAAUAGAGCCAGAAAAGCGUUUAGGACCAUAUCUUUUAUUCUGGGCGCGUUUGUCGCCUGUUGGACACCGUACCACAUUUUGGCUCUAGUGGAGGGUUUCUGUUCGAACAAACCGUGUACGAACGAACAUCUAUUCAUGUUCUCAUACUUCCUGUGUUACACUAACAGUCCUAUUAACCCAUUUUGUUACGCCUUGGCUAACCAGCAGUUUAAGAAGACUUUCACGAGAAUAUUGAAGGGUGACCUGCACAUGACGUAAAAGAAAGGAUAAAGAUGGAAGGAGACGAGGAGGAGAUACAAGAUGUAGCUUGGAGGUGAAUAUUACGAAGAAGAAGGCCUUCCAUGAUUAAAUACCGAAUUAUAUUUACACGCCAUGAUCAUGGUUAAAUUGGAGAAUAACGUAGUAGACAGUUUAAAUACAGAAGAGUCGUGUAUCGUGUGCUUCAUGUAUAUAGUGAUAGAGGAUGCGUUGGUGUAGUUUUAGAUCGCAGUCAAGCAUGUACAUAAUGUAUAUGUAUGAAUAUUUGUUAAAUUCUUGUGCAGAAACAUGCGUAACAAGCAACAUGUAGAAAAAUGACGUAUUUAGAUAGCUUUAGGUAACUGUGCGUAUUACAAUAAUAAUCGCUACGAUAAGUGCUUCAAUAUAUAUAUAUAUAUAUAUAUAGAUUAUAAAUCACCGAUUAAGUAUUCUUUAAAAAGGAAAUACAGAUAUGUAAAUCUCCUAGUUUAACGAACGAUCGAAUCGUUCGAUAAAAGGACAAGAAGUAAGAUUAUAGGAAGACAUCGAUUUAAAAAAAGAAAAAUAUCACUGCAUCAUGAAUGUUCUCGAGUCAAAGACGAAAAGCUUUAAUUAUUCAUUUUUGCGGCCAAUUGUAUGUGGUGUUAUUGUCGCACGAGCCUCUCGUGCGAAUAUUAUGGUUUCAUAUCUUCAACGAUAGAGAAAUAUUUUUUACGAGCAACGAACCAGAUGGAAAUAGCUCGUUUCGAAGACGUACCAAACAAUCAAGGAUUUUAUUAUCUAUGUACGCACUGCCUUGAGGUGGCCUAGACGUUACGCGGGCCUUCUUUCUCCGAAUUCAGUUACAUUUGGUGCUGUCCUCGUGAACGAGCGUCCACGGAUUUCUAAUCGAUAACAUUUCCUUUUAAAAUAUUACGUAAAACGCAUUGACUUCAUCGGAUGAAGUUUUCAGAAACUCAUUGAUGACAUUGACAUUACCUUCAUUUUAGAUUUUAUAGAUCGAAGAGGAUUCCCUAUCAUGCGAAAAGGAAUUUUGCUUUUCUUUAGAAAUUAUAUAUUUUGUUGUACUUUCUCGUAGGUAUUUUAAUUGAAAAUUUCGAAUGGUAGAAGGAUGUUACACUUUUCAAGUAAAAGAAUGAUCACGGAAGAUUUAAUCGUUAAAAUAGCUUGAAACUUUGAAAAAAUUACUUUAAUAAUAUUUCUAUAACGAAAGAUAAGAUCAUUACACUUUAAUUUCUUAAUUAAAUUACUUCUCAUCAAAAUGAACAAAGCGGAGGCUUUUGAGCGGUAAUGUACAUUUCACAAAUAAAUCUAAAAAUGAUUAUGUCAAUGUCAUUUAUUCAUUCGUAAAACACUAAUCGUAAUAAGCGACGCAGUUUGUAUAAAUCGACGUAACCAUCACAGCAUAUACUUAUAUAAACGUUACGAGGAAUAUUCACUUAUUCAUAAUAGGCGCAUACAUUUUAUAUUUUAUUGAUCUUCUUCUAUUCUCAAAUGCUAAUUAUUUAUUUUUUUCGUCAUAGAAAAUAUUGAUAUGCUCUACCUGUGUAAAUUUCAGAAAAAAUCGGAAUUUUAUAAAACGUUUCGUUACUGUUUUGACUGAGUAUGCUUUCUAUUUAAAAAAAAAGCUAUAUUAAUGAAACUUGAGAAACAGGUGAAAUUGGUCUCAUGAGACUAAUCCAUUAACGAUGUACAACUUUGAUACUGUUAAUCGAGCUUUCUGAUACAAUCACUAAUUAAAUAAAGACAAAAACAUUAAAUCCAAAUUCCUUUCCAGAUAUCAUGCUUUAAGAGGAAUAUAUUUUUAAAUAACGUCUAGACAGUACGACAUAAAUUUUACAUGAAGUUAUCACGAUUAUCACCGAAUGGAAUUAUUUCCUUAUAUAAAAGAGGAAAAGAAAAUUCAAACGUUAACAACGUAAAAAAGAACGUCAGAUUGAUAUUUUUCGCUGUUCUUCGUGAAAUGUACGUUGUGAAACUUACUUUUAUAAUAGCUUUUACGCAAUAUUGUAUUAAGCAAAUGAAAAACAGGCAAUAUUUAUAUUUCCCAUGAUUUAAUCAUUUCCAAGCGUUUGUACCUUUUUUACGAAAGUGUAAGCAUGCAAUUAUCUUGCACGGUAAUUUACGUAAACUACAAUUUGCUCGUAAAUGUAUAAUUUUCGUGUUUCGUGAACGUUAAACGUGAUCGAAACAAGAAUACAAACGUGAGUCACUUUAUAUUUUAAAUGAUUGUACGGCGGCUAAUGUAAUUAUUGUAACCCUUGUUAGAAAUGAUACGAACUCGAUUUCGUGUAAACGCGAAAUGAAAACACGCGAUUUUCUAACUACAUAUAUCACAUUCUGAUAAAUAAUAAGAAAAAUAGGAAGAACAUGCAAUUAUCAAAAUUUCCUAUUACAUAUUUAGUUCCGUAUCUUUUUAACUCAUAUUUAUUGCAUUUUAUAAUACCAAUUUGUUCUUAACUACAUUAAUAUCUUUUACAUUUCUCGAAAUUCACUGCCAAUAGCAACGGUCGUUCUAUUUCUUUUUCAUAUCUGCAAUUAUUUAUUUCAUCUAGUUAGGGCUGUGAUACCUGAUGAAUCUGUUAUUUUUCAUCCUAAUCCCUUUGGAAUUCUGUUAUAUAACAAAAUACACGUCUGGAGGAAACUAUGUUUGGAAAAAAGAAGAGAAGGCAUGGAGCAAGUUACUAAAAUGUCCAGUCGAAUACUAUACACAGUACAUAUGUACGUACAAUAUAUAUGAUAUUAACAAUAAGCCAGAAAACGUGUUAUAUCAUCUUCCUUUCCUUGAAGUACAUCAAUACAUUAUAUUAAAAAUAUCUAAAUAGAAGUUUCUAGAUGGCAAAUGAAGAUGAGAGUGAAUAGGAUAUGCUUGUUAAAAUGUCAAUUUUUUCAGAAACUCAAAGUACAUGGUUAGUGUAUAACACGAAUAACACAAUAGAUCGAAAAUCGACCUUCUAAAAUGAGAAUGUGUAAUACCGUGCAAAAGUGUUAGAUGUUCAUGGUGAAAAUAAAAUGUAUAUUCAUAAGUUUAUUAAACAAAAUGUAUUCAUACGUUUACACGAACAAAUGUAUUUUAUGUUAUGGUAAUCGAGAUAGAUUAUUUUGUAAUUAAGGACACUCGACAGAGCUGAUCGAGAAUAAUUUCAGAACAAAUGGUUGAUUGCAUUUCUUUGUCGGCCUGCUAAAUUGAUUAAUGUGUUCAUAAUCUCAUUUAUAUUAUGUUAAUAUGUUUUUGAACAUAUGAGAUGUAAAAUUGAAGUUUUACAUUUUUUCAAUAAUUAUUCUCAUAAUGUACAGGGCUCAAACAUUUCAUUAUUAACUUCUUGGAACAUCAGAGUUAUCAAGCUGCAGUUGUUUAACUUGAAACAACUUGAUUGAUUGAACGUGCAAUGAAAGUACACAGCUUUCUGUUUUAUUACUUUUUGUCGUAAUCGGUUGGAAUGAGCAAGCCAUUCAGGCAGAAUAACAUAGAAUUUCCAUUGAGUAUAUUAAAAAUGUUUCACUAGGACAUUGUCAACUAACGAAGCACAAUGACAGGAGAUACUUGACUCAAAUAAUUAAUGAUUCUAAGCUAGAACGAAGACAGGAGUCACUCAAAUUUCAUAUUUCUAUGUUCAAAUUGUCAGUAUGUAAAAGAGGAACGAGAACAUGUAAAUCAUUUAAGACUUUUGCACAGAAUGACUAUUACGAGAAAGUUCGAUGUUUGUGUACAUGCAGAAUAAUUAACAUACUCGCUUCCACACAGCUGGCGUUCCAGCAAUGAUGUUCUUCUUAAUAUUCUAACAAUUUCUGUGUCAAGUUACACGCAAAAUAAAAGAGGAAAACAAAUAAUGAUCGCUUGCGAGCUACAUAAGCGUAGCGUGAAUGCAUAAAGGUAGCAUAAUCAAUAGGACAUAAAGAUACAUAGAGAUUAAGCGUAAUAGCAUUAGAGAAGAUUAAAGUUAAUGUUUGAACGAAUAAGAAGAAAAUAAGCAUGAGAAGCCUAGAUGAUAAGUAGACGAUCGUCGUGGAGAAAGUAAAUAUCCUGCGCUCUGCAAUUUCUUUCUGUGUGCCGAAGCUUUCAUCGCCGUAGUAUUCUUCAUUAAUGCCUACCAAUGAAGCAGAGUCAUUAAGGACGAGAAAAAAAAAAAAAAGAAGGAGACGAUAAUGAGCUAUAAGACGUUAGGUACGAGCCGUAGAAAGAAAAAAAAGUCUCCACGUUUCGUCUCAAUUAACAGAGAUCGAAAAUCAAUUAAAACGUUCGUUUCUGGGUAUAAGUGCUCGUCGUGUUUCUGACUAUUAGAAAUGGUUCGUGGUGUCUCCUGAUGAAUUUCACUCUUCCUACCUCAAAACAAUAUACAAAAACACAAAUAUGAGAGUCAUGCUGCGGAUCGGUUUUUGAUUCGCUAUGAAAUAUAUGUACUGAUAUUUUAUAAGAUACGUGUUGCUUUGCGUCAUUAGGUUUUAUAUACGAUUGAUUUUGCGCCGAAGAAGUUUCUGUAACGUUAAAAUUUGUAUGUUAUAUAAAAUUUUUUGACUCGAUAUACAUACAUAUAUAUAUAUAUAUAAUUACUUUCUUUUAAUAAAUUGAGAAAAUCUUGUUGCUUCUGUCAUUCACUAUUAAAGUUAUCUAUUAAUCAAUUAAUCACUUAGCUCUUCUAUAGUAUUUUUAAGUAAAUUUAAGUAAUUUAAGUUGUUUUUUCCGUAACUGAUAAUUUAUUGACUUGCAACCAUUGACUGACUAUAUUGUGAAAAUUACCUAUUUAUAAUAAAUUACCUAAGAUAAUUUAUUACUUAUUCUGUUAAAAUUAAUACAAACAGUUAUACUCAACUAUUAUAAAUGAGAUUUUUAGUGUACAUAGAUCUUAUACAUUUUUGUUCUAGAAUUAUUUAUAGAAACUAUAAAUUUAUCAAAAACGUACAAAAAAAUUAACGAGCUAUUGCUUGAUAAGCACUUUAUACCAAUAUAUAUAUAUGAUAAAAAGAAAUUGAUGAAAUAUUACAUUCUUUUAAUCCAAAAUUGAUUGAUAACAAACAAGUAAAUGCUUCUUACUAUUACUUUGUUAAAAAAUUACUUUAUUUAUGAUACUCAUUUUUUAGGAGAGAAAGAUAUUUAAAUUCGCUCUUGAAAAUUAAAUUCAUUUCUCUUCGAUUUCUAGUAAAAAUAGAAAACUGAUCUGCUACAAGACAGAAGGAAAUAUAAUGUGCUUUCAUGGACAUCCUUGUCUAUCAUGGGAUCAAUGAAAAAACAUUUCGUUGUAAUUAAAUUCUAGACAAUACUAUGCGCGCUCUCGCUCGACAAUCUGAACUUCAACAACCCUUAAGAGCUAACAAUACAUACAAAAUAUAUUAAAUUUUGAUUAUCUUCGUUAAAAAUGUUCUCUCUUUGAUUGUGAAUAUGAUAACAAUUUUUUAAGUAAAGAAAAAGCAUAUCUACAAAAUAUAUAAUUGCAUUAAAAGUUUAGAACAAUUAGCUUUUAAGGGUUAAUUAAGGAAAAAUAUAGAGCAAAUAAUCUAAUUUUAUCACAAAUACAAUAUCGCAAGCUAUAUGUACAAUACGUACAAUAAGAUUAGAAUUGAAAAUAUUAAAAACUCCUUGUACUUCGUCAAUCACUAAUGUCAACCGUAUAAGUUAAGAUAUAUUUGCAUUUGACAUCUUCGAUCUUAAUCUAUUGCUUCUAAGUAAUACGGUUUAUAAUAAUUGUAAUAUUUAACGUUAAAUGUUGCUCUAUAAAAAAUUAUAUUAUGUUCUAAUACAAUAUGAUACUUAUCGUCUCUUGUACAAAUUAAGUUGUCAAACUCGUAUAACGUACAAUUUAAUAUACUAUACAAUUCAUUUUGAAAAGUAUUGCAAAAAAUAUCUGUCAAAUGUGAAUGUAUCUUGAAAGCGUUAAAAAACAGACUUUUCCAAAACCUCGCUGUUUUAUUAAUACACGGAAAGCAAGUCCAAUAAACAAAAUAAUUGUUAUUACAAUCGUCAUUAAAUAUGAAUAGAAGUGCUUAAAUGUCACGUGUCUGAAAGUAGUUCUAUAGAGGAAAAAAUAGUUGUGUAAUCGCCGUAGAGAAACUGUUCUUAUUAGCGACAGUCAACAGUGUAAUAAAGUGUGUGAAUAUAUGUUGUAUAAUGAAAUAGGACGCAAAACGAAAACGGACGCAUCUAUAUCAAAUCUGUACUAGCGCAGUAAAAUUGUUAACAUCGCACAGCUGCGCUUUCAAACGCUGUAAUGUAUAUGACGCAUGUUUAUAUGCUGGAUUCUUAACAAAAGUUACAUUCUACUUAUUUUAAAGAAGAAACUUUGCCAGAGUGGCAUUUAUGGCAUUUAUGUACACGGUGCAAUAAAAAUUAUGAUAUAUAGUAUAUUAAAUGAAAAAUGAAGAAAGUUAUGGAAUAAAUUUGAAAGAGGGACGUGUAAUAGCUUGUGCUUUAGAUAAAAGGAUAACUUUAGUUUUGAAAGAAAGAAUAAUUCUCUUUCAGGACAAUCUUCGAAAGAAAAUUCCUGGAUGUACGAAAAAUCUUACAAUAAAAUAUGAAAGAAGACAUAAAAUGUUUUAUAUCAUUUUACAAUCUUAUUACGAAAAGAAUUAUUCCACAUCUUCGAUUUACCUUCAGAUGCACCCUGUACAUACGUGGUUUAAUACUUCUCAAGAUACACAAUUGAUUACUGGUAUAGUGGAGAAAAGCUCGACAUUGGCAGCUCAAUCAUAACCAUAUAAAUAACGUAGUUACAAGAGUACAGUGACAUAGUUAUAAUUAGAUAGCAAUUAUUUCUUUUUAAUUAUUUAUAAUGCAUUGUGCACGCAGCUGUACCGAUGUACAAUAUCAAUUAUGAUGGAUGAUAAUGUAUCUAGUUAUUAAAACUAAAUAAAAAAUAUAUAUACAUAACAUAUGCAGAAGCAGCUACAAUAAAGUGAAUAAUGUGAUAUGAUUGUAAAAAUCUAUUGUGCAUAGCAUUAAUAACCUUCAGCACCGUUAAUCAUUCGUAAUAUUUUAGCAGCUCUAAUGUUUUGAAAA